GGUAUGCUCAUACAGCCCUUGAUCUCCUAUAUAAUUUAUUCUGAGUGAUCAAGUGAAAGAAAUGGUGCAGGAAUCGAUACAUAAACUCCAAAAUAUACAACAAAGGUCUUCAGAGAUAUUCCCAUGACUUAGAUGCAACAAAUAUUGCUUUAAAUUUGCAUCAGUUGAAUAUUUUUAUGAAUGUACUCUUCACCGACAGGCAAAGGAUUCUAUCUAAGUUCAGCAGGCUGAGAUCUGUGAAUAAUGAAAGCUGAGUAACAGAGACCAAACUUGACUUUGUGAUGCCUUACAUAUCCAAAAACUUCGACCAAAAGCUUUCAAAGUACCAAGAUGGUACAGAUGAACUUAUAGAAAAUAUUAAAGAAAAUAAGCUCACGGAGCUUGAUAAGAACCUUAUUAAGCAGAUUGACCCUAGCUGGGAAUCAAAAAUGGAGAACACGCCAUUAAACACUUUGUGCAGAAAAGAUCAAGGUCCAGGAGACUCAGCACAGAAAAAGAGAAACAUCACCUCUCCUGAAUACAAGGUUAGCGUCUCAGCGAAAGAUGUCCAUAUUGAGCUGCAGCAGAGACCUCCCAGCAAAAACUACAAUGUUUCUUCUUCUUCAUCUUUUAUGAACGAAGAAGACAUGAUAUCUGCAGAAGUAGACGAUGGUGGAAUCGCAUUUGGCAACAAGGAGUCUAUCCUAUCAAAGAAGGAAGAGAAGAGAUCUGCUUCAUAUCUUGCCAAAAUCAAUGAAGAUAAAAAUGAAGAGAACAACUAAAUCCAAGUAAAAAUCUAAUUUUCAAAGGAGCACU